CGCUUGUUCUGACCCGUCCCCGGUUUUCUUUUCCUUUCCUGGGUAAACAUGGCAGCGACGGCUGUUGGGCGCAUGCUGUCGGGGAGCCGCGCUUGGAGCACCACAGUGAGGAGGGGAAAGCCAUUGGUGGGACCGAAGGUGCUGUGAAGGCUAAAGACAAGAUUCUGACUGAUCGUUUAUUUGUGUAUUAUGAAGCUUACACUUACAAAGAUAUGCACUUGGAUAUGGUGAACUUGAGUAUCAAAUGAAGACCAGGAGAGAAUACAAUGAGGCCAGAGAGAAACUGACACAAGACAUUAAGACCAAUCUGUACUACUGCAGCAGUGCAGAGGAAGAAUGUUGCUGCUUCAGGACCUGAAAAGUACACAGAAGCCUUUAUUAAAAAACAGACUGAAGAGUUCAACAUAGGAAAGAGACAUUUAGCCAACAUGAUGGGAGAAGAUCCAGAAACUUUUACCCAAGAGGAUAUUGAUAAAGCUAUUGCCUACCUCUUCCCUUCUGGUCUAUUUGAGAAAAGGGCCAGACCUAUAAUGAAGCAUCCUACUGAAAUAUUUCCAAAACAAAGAGCAAUCCAGUGGGAUGAAGAUGGUCGUCCAUUUCACUUUCUCUUUUACACUGGCAAGCAGUCAUAUUAUUCAUUAAUGCAUGAAGCGUAUGGUAAGCUGUUGCGUAUUCAGGAACGCCAAGAUCCAAUGUGUGCUGAAGGCUUGGCUCCCGAGAACAAAACACAAGUAAACCUGAUUGGCAGCAGAUGGCUGAUUAAGGAGGAAUUGGAAGAAAUGUUAGUGGAAAAACUGUCAGAUCAAGAUCAUUCACGGUUUAUUCAGCUGCUAGAAAGAUUACUAACAUUGCCAGGGUGUGGCAUUGAAGAAGAUUUUGUGCUAAAAUUUCGCAAGCAAUUACCUAUACAAUCCACAAAGCAGGUGAUUGAGCCCCUGAAAUAUGAUGAGCAAGGAGUGGCCUUCAGCAUUGCAGAAGGCCAAAGGAAGACAGCAACAGCAACGGUUACAAUUCGUGAUAAUGGAAGUGGAAAAAUCACUGUGAAUGGAGACCAUUAUUUGCUUUACUUUCCAGUGUUGCAGGACAGAGAACAGCUGAUGUUCCCGUUCCAAUUUCUUGACCGGUUGGGGAAACAUGACAUGGUCUGCUCUGUCUCUGGAGGAGGAAGAGCAGCGCAGGCUGGAGCAAUUCGCUUAGCUUCUGCAAGAGCAUUAUGUAGUUUCAUCACUGAAAAUGAAGUGGAGUUCAUGAGGCAAGCCGGUCUUCUGACAUCUGAUCCACGUGUGAGAGAACGAAAGAAGCCGGGUCAAGAGGGAGCCCGUAGAAAAUUUGCCUGGAAUAAGCGUUAAAUCUCAAAAUAAACCUGUGCAUUUCAAAUCUCC